CGGGUGACCCGGGUUCGAUCCCCGGCAACGGCGUGUUCUGUAUUUUUUAAUUCCACUGGCCCGAUAAUUCAUUUUGUGCUGGUUUCUGCUUCAAAGCCAACUCAUGAGCUUCAAUCGACAGAGCAGCUUAGGGCUCACUGCCACCGAUGGACGAUUCAGGCGAUCAAAAUCGCCGCAGCAGUCCCGUUGACUUCGCCCCGCGCACCGCCACCUCCUAUCUCGAUCCCCACUAUUGGGACGAGAGGUUCGCCACCGAGGAGCACUAUGAAUGGUCCAAAGACUACUCCCACUUCCAACACCUCGUCCUCCCCUUCCUCGAUCCAUCCCACUCGGUGUUGGAGAUCGGUUGCGGCAACUCGCGGCUCUGCGAGGAGCUUCGCAAGGAUGGCGUGGCCGACAUGACCUGCGUCGAUAUCUCUCCUGUGGCGGUUGAAAGGAUGCGGAGCCGCUUUAGAGACAAGGGACUUGAAGGCAUCAAGGUGGUUCAGGCCGACAUGCUAGACCUAUCUUUUGGAAGUGAGCCCUUCGAUAUCGUGAUCGGGAAAGGCACCAUGGGGAGGAGGACAAUGAAAAGUGAUGAGUCCGAAGAUGAAAGAUCGAGUGUUCCGUCUUAUCAAUUUAUUACAUGAAGAACUGCACGGCGAAGAUUUUUAGUUAGUCUCAUUGAUUAUCCUUAGAUGAUCGAUUCGAUUUUAUGAAAGUUUUUCAUCGAUUAUCAGGAUAAAUUGAAAAGUGCACGCGACGGUCAGUCCAGAAAUCCAGCAUCCUUUGGUUAUGCCCUCUAUUUGGAGGAAAAUAUUUUACAAAUACGUCAUAACUGGGAUUCGAAUCUCGAGUGUCUGAGUGAUAAUCUGGAUGUCUUAUCAUGAUACCAUGAUCCCAGGGAUUACAUGUUUUAUACCACCUUAUGCAAUGAGCUUGAGAUCUAAAGAAUCAAAUUCUGAUCA